AUGUCCUUGAGCAUGUUCGCGAAGCGCGGCCUUGGCCGCCUCGCGCCGCCAGCAACCAAGUCCUUCCUGCCGCACCGCGCGCCAGCAAUCCCAACGCGCUCCUUUACAUCGCGCCGCAGCGUCUUGGACCGCAUCGAGCCAGACCAUGCGCUCUAUGGCGUCCUCGGGCUCAACGGCGCCGUCUUCCUCAUGUGGCAGACAGCGCAAACACGCGAGAAGAAGGCGUUUAUGGUCGAGAACUUUACGACGUCGCUCAUGCACCUCAAGGCCGGCCGUGUCCACACGCUCGUCACGUCGGUGUUUAGCCAAAUGAGCACGAGCCACUUUCUCAUGAACGGUGUUGGCCUCUACUUUUUCGGGCGUGAAGUGAGCCACAUGAUCGGCGCCAAGCGCUUCCUCGGCCUCUACGUCGGCAGCGCCGUCGUUGCAUCACUUUGCCAGAUCGCCUAUGACACGUACGAGCGCCGCCAUUCGAUCAUGCUCGGGGCGAGCGGAGCGGUCAACGCGAUCACGUCCUUUUACAUUUGCGCGUUUCCGCACAGCACGAUCUAUAUCAUGGCGAUCGUGCCGCUUCCCGCGUACGUGGCCGGCGGUCUCUUCAUCCUCCGCGACCUCUGGGGCGCGUCGACCGCCGGCAACAGCGUCGGCAACGUCGCACACCUCGGUGGCGCGGCCUGCGGCUUUCUCUUCUUCCGCCGCUACGCCGCUUUGCGCCGGUACUUUUAG